AUGCCUCACCAUCCCAAGAAGACCGCUACCAAUGCCCUCAAGAACGCCUCUCCCCGGGCGGAGAAGAAGAAGCAUGUUUCCCCAGAGCCUGCAUCGAUCGCAUCGCCAUCAGUAGUCACCACGAACUAUCAGGAGAUUCACCAAAACGAGGUUGAGGCCCUUCGCUCGAUCUAUGGCGAUGACUUUGAGGAAGUACAUCUCCGGCCUUCUGCGUGGCACCAAUCAUCAGAGGUCUCGUUCAAGCUCCACUUGCGAGCUUCGUCAAAUCCCGACGUUCAUUUAGAUCUCCUCGUAUCACUACCGACAACCUAUCCGAAGACAUGUCCCAAUAUUACGGCGCAAAACUUGGAAGACCUUCGUCGCGGUGCUCAGUCGAGGGUGCGAGAUAUACUACGGAAUAAGCCAAAAACUCUCCUGGGUUCGGAAAUGAUAUAUGAGCUAGGCGUCUCAAUACAGGAUGUUCUGGAGGAUGCGGCGGAAGCUCAGGCCCACGACCAGGACUUACCCAGCUUAGAAGAGGAGCGGAUUGUGCAAGAAGCAGCGGCGACUGAACGAGCAGAACGUGCAAGAGAGGAAGAGCUUCGAGCGCAGCAAGCAGCCACGGCGAAAGAGGAACGGGAGCUUCAGCAGUUGCUGCAAAAUACGAUUCGAGAGCGGAAUACCAAAGCACGGCGGCGAAAGAGUAGGACCAGCGGCUUGGAAACAAAUGGAGAUACCGAUGGCGUACUCAACUUACCCGGUGCGAUCACAUUCGACCCACCCCUGGUCAUAUCGGACGCAGACGAGGGGCCGUUGUUGUUCCGAGCAGUAUUUGGGAAAACGCUCUUACAAAGUGCUCAUGGUGUGAGUACAUUCGUCGUAAGGCCAGCACUUCCAGCAAACCGACCAUGUGCCCCUCUCCUAGUAUUGAAGGAGCUUUCGAUAAAUGAAAAGAAAGCCGACGCUUUAGCUUUUCGCGAGCAAAUGCGCUCUAGCGAGGAUAAGCUUGAGGGCUUGAAGAAGCUUCGGCACCAGAACCUUGUUGAGUUCAUUGGUUUUAAAAUCCUGAGGCCGCUUGAUCCUACCAAACACAGCACUUGGACUGUUUUUGCACUCGUCGAGUAUGCAAACAAAGGGCCUCUGUCCGAAUUACUGGAUAUGGUUGGAACAGUGGCGGUCGAGAUGCUCCGUAGCUGGACCAUCCAACUUCUUGAAGCUCUCGAAUACUAUCACCGUAAUGGUUUUGUUCAUGGAGAUAUUCAUUGCGGUCGUGUUUUGCUGUUUAGAAAUGCCACCGGUGCGACCAUAGUGAAGCUACUAUCCAGCAUCGAAGGAGCCCUACCCGACUCAGCUGGAAGCAAAAGGCCUUUGACUACGUCUAAAUCUCCGUUCUGGCUUCCCCCAGAGUUAACGCACGAGAGUGCCUCUCCAACCAUGAAGACGGACGUCUGGGAUCUUGGGAUAGUUUUCCUGCAAAUGAGUUUCGGCAGGGAUGUGCUGCAACGUUACACUUCCGCGAAUGCCCUAAUGAACUCUCUCGAUUUGUCGCCCUCAUUGCAAGAUUUACUCCAAGAGUUCUUCAGACCGAACCCAAAAAGGAGGCCAACCGCGUUCCAGUUGCAACCGUCGGAGUUCUUUCGCGUCGACAGUCCCUUGCUCAUGCGCUCGAGCGCUUCAAACUCCAUGUCACUACAGAGGCGUCCGCGCCUAGAAUCCAUCAGUGGCGGCGGGCUCCAUUCGUUCUCCCGAUAUAAUCAGGAUUUUGAUGAAGCUGGCCGUUUAGGCAAAGGUGGAUUCGGCGAAGUCGUUAAAGCACGGAACAAACUGGACGGUCGGUUCUAUGCCGUCAAGAAAAUCUCAAAUAAAUCUGCCACCGCAUUGAAGGACACUUUGUCAGAAAUCAUGCUUUUGUCGCGACUGAAUCAUCCGUAUGUUGUUCGCUACUAUACCGCCUGGCUCGAGGAAGACUAUGAUCAGCAAAAUGAAGAGGCUAUCUCGUUCACGGAUGAAAAUUCUUUUGCAAGCACACAUUCUCCAGAUUUUGACUAUAGCACUACCGGUGGCCUCGACUUCAUAAGCUCGAGCGGUUACCCCAACAUUGAAUUCGCGAACGAUAGUGACGAGGAUGAACGUGGCACGGUAUCUACCAGAGAGAAAGGCGAGACACCGGAAACCUAUGGAACAGAGAGCGGCACAGGCAAGGAACUUAGCCGAGUGCGAUCGGGCUCGCAGGGUAGACCUGUGCUCACCACCCUGUACAUCCAAAUGGAAUACUGUGAAAGACAUACGCUUCGAGAUCUUAUCAAGAACGGCCUAUAUGAUGAUGUCGAUAGAUCGUGGCGUCUCUUUCGCCAGAUCCUUGAUGGCUUGACGCAUAUCCAUGGGCAUGGUAUCAUACACCGUGAUCUCAAGCCUGAUAAUAUCUUCAUCGAUGCUGCAAACAACCCUCGAAUUGGUGAUUUCGGUCUAGCUACCAGCGGACAAUUUACUACCGCUGUACGCUCUUCUGCAGCUGCAGAUUUCGAGGGCAACCUUACUCGGAGCCUUGGUACUACUUAUUAUGUAGCACCGGAGAUGAAGUCUGGGUUUUCAGGGCACUAUAACGAGAAAGUUGACAUGUAUUCGAUGGGUGUCAUUUUCUUUGAAAUGUGCCAUUCACUACCGACUAGUAUGGAGCGUGAUCAGACCCUUCGAGCAAUCAGGGAGAGACACCAUAAUCUUCCUGCUACAUUCCAAUACUCUGAGAAAGCCGUUCAGGGCAAGAUUAUCGAGUCACUUGUCUGUCACAAUCCAGCUGACCGACCCUCCGCCUCAGAAUUGCUUCAUAGUGGCCAAAUUCCACUUCAGGUAGAGGAGGAAACCUUCAGGCGCGCUAUCAUGCAUUUGCUUUCUGACCCUAACUCGCCGGACUACAAGAAGAUUCUUUCCGCGAUAUUUUCCCAGUCUCCAAAGAAAUUUGAAGACAUCGCGUGGGAUAUGGAUUCGCGUAAAGCCCCUGCAGCGAAUGAGCUCUUAGUCCGCGGACUUGUCAGGGAGCGACUCACGUCGAUAUUUCGCAGACACGGUGCAGUAGAGACCACGAGACAGAUGCUGUUUCCUAAGUCUCAACAUUAUAAAAGUGGUGCUGUCAGGCUCCUUGACGCUUCGGGCAAUGCCCUUCAACUGCCGUUUGACCUGACACUCCCCAACGCGCGUGCAAUUCCACGGCAGGACUCUUCCCUAGAGAAGACCUUCACAUUCGGCACUGUAUAUAGGGAGUCACCACAUGGUGGCGAGCCAAAAACUCACAAAGAAGUGGACUUUGAUAUCGUGUCGCGCAAUACCCUCGACCUGGCUUUGAAAGAGGCAGAAGUGAUCAAGGUGCUUGACGAGAUCAUCGAGGAAUUCCCGCCUUUGAGAGCCAGCUCCAUGUGUUUCCUGGUUAACCACUCCGAUCUACUCCAGCUGAUCCUGGAGUUCUGCCGCAUAACUCCCUCUCAAAUUCCCCUGGUUAAAGAGGUAAUAAGCAGGCUAAACGUCGGCAAAUGGCCUAUGCAAAAGAUCAGGAGCGAGCUGCGCUCUCCAGCGAUCGGGGUUGCCUCCACCUCCUUGGAUGAUCUUGCUCGGUUCGAUUUUAGCGGUAUGAUCUCAGUGUACAUUCGAUAUCCCACUUGCUAA